AUGGACGCCGCGACGUCGCUCGAGGACCCGAUGCGCCGGGUCAAGGAACGUUGGCGCGCGGUGCGGGAUGAGCUUCGCGUCGGCUUGAUCCCCCGCGACGACGUCGACUUUGCGGUUGACUUUGCGGACCAAACGCCGAAUCCAAAUCCAAAACAAAAACGUCCACUGCGACUCGUCGCUGGCUUGGACGUGAGCUACAGGCGGGAGUUCAUAUACGACUCGACGCACCGGGCCGAGACGGCGGUGGCGUGCCUCGCCGUGCUGCGCUUUCCCGAGCUCACGCCGGAGUGGGUCGACUUUGAGGAGUUUACGGUUGACGCUCCGUACGUGCCCGGAUUUUUGGCGUUUCGCGAGUGUCCCGCCAUGACCACGCUGCUGCGCCGGUGCCCUUCAGGCGCCAAACCCGACGUGGUGCUCGUGGACGGGAACGGCGCGUUGCACCCCGAGGGGUUCGGCUUGGCGUGCCACGUCGGCGUCGAGUGCGGGGUUCCGACGGUUGGCGUCGCGAAAGACCUACACGCGUUUGACGGGUUGGACGCCAAGUCGGCGAGAGCCGCGUGCGAUGAGAUUGCGGCGAGAGGAGGAGGGGGAGGAUCAAAAGGCGUUUCAAAAGGCGUUUCGAAGGCGAAUCCCGGCCACGGCGGGUAUCCCGCGCUGUGGCCGGACGCGGUGGCGCUGGUGGGCGCCUCCGGGACGACGCACGGCGCGGCUAUGUUUGGUCACGAGCACUCGGGGGAUGGAGCGGGGUGCCCGAUUUACGUCAGCGGCGGUCACAGGGUCUCCCUCGCCACCGCGGUGGCGGUGGCGCGCGCGUGCAGGGCACCAGGGCGCAAGACGCCGGAGCCGAUCAGGGUGGCGGACGCGCGGUCUCGCGCGCGCGUGAGGCUCCUUGAGGGAAAGGCGCCUUAG